CUGCUCCCCCCCACUACCUUUUUCUUCCUUCUUAUUGACAGCCCCUCUCGCAACCAUACAAACCAAUCAAUUCUCACUCAAUUCCCCCCCGAUUCCCACUGCUCCUCACCGCUCUCUCCUCCUCCGUCCUCCCCUCCCCCUCCUCCUUCUGUUCAACAUCCUCAUCUCUGAUCCCUCUCUGCUACCGGUUUCUUCCCACUGUAACACCCUUACUCCUAUCACAUCCUUUACAGAGUUUAUCUUUCGAAGGGGGUGUUUGGCCGUAACUAGUUGAUUUGGCUUCUUCUAUGCUGGCUUCGUUGAAUGGGCCUUACCUCUCUCCAGGUCUGCAUGGACACAUCCGACUGGUUACAGGGCGUGGUUCACGAGGAAAGCGGAAUGGAUUCUUCCUCGCCUUCUGGGGACAUGAUCACAUGCUCGAGACCAUUGCUUGAGAGGAGGCUGAGGCCUCAACAUGAUCAAGCACUCAAGUGCCCGAGGUGUGAGUCAACUCAUACCAAGUUCUGUUACUACAACAACUACAGUCUCUCCCAGCCAAGAUAUUUCUGCAAGACCUGUAGAAGGUAUUGGACGAAAGGAGGCUCUCUCAGGAACAUUCCUGUUGGUGGUGGAUGCAGAAAGAACAAGAGGGUGGCUGUUAAGAAAUCAGCAGAUCAACCACUUAAUCAGCACCCCAGUUCAUCCUCACACGACGCGACAGAUCUGCAACUUUCGUUUCCUGAGAUGCAAUUGUCACACCUAACCAGUCUGUUCGGGAACUCUGGAGGUCUUGGAAACCCUAGCUUCAUCGACAACAAGUACAAUGCCAUGGUGGAAAACCCCAGAUCGAUCGAUUUCAUGGAGAGCAAAUUUGAUGCCGUACUUGGAAACCCCAGAAGCCAUGAUUUCAUGGGAAGCAAUGAGCUAGGUCUUAUGGGUGGUCCAGGAGAUGUUGGUCUUGGUCAUGGGUUCACACCUUCUAACCUUCAUGGUCUGUGUUCUCCAUUUGGGUUCGCCCUCGAAGGGAGUAGCAAUACCUUCAUGGACACUUGCCAGAGGCUAAUGCUUCCAUUCGGAGGCACUACUGAAGAUCCAAAUGCUGUAGAGAUGAAGCCGAACAACAAGCUCCUGUCCCUCGAGUGGCAAGAUCAAGGUUGCUCCGAAGUUGGAAAAGAUUCAUUUGGGUAUCUGAACAGUCUUGGUUCAUGGACUGGUGUGAUGAAUGGUUAUGGAUCUUCUGCUACAAAUCCACUGGUCUAGACUGCUUCAGCUACUACUUAGUAUUUUCCAAAUGAAUGAAAGGCCUUCCUGAUGUUGCUUGAUAAAGGUGGUCUUCCCUUUACUUACCAAAGAAAGGUCUGAAAUUUGAAUGAGGAAGACUAGAGAAGAGAAAAUAUGUUUCAGUCACUCUCUGUCUUCGUUUUGUUUUCUUUUUUGUUGUUUCGGUGGUGUCUGAGGAGUUAAGACAUUCAAAGAUGUAGGAUUUUAUGGUUAUACGAGGAAAUGCUUUUAGAAGGAUAGUGUCUUAUUACCUCCUUUUAUGCUUGUUUUUGUCUGUGGGUUGUUGAA